AUGCUUCUCCUCUCGACAGCACUCUUCGCCUACUACUCCAUAUGGAUCCUCCUUAUGCCCUUCGUGGACGCAGACCACCCUGUCCACGCUCUCUUCCCACCACGUGAAUGGGCAAUACGCAUCCCAGUCGUCAUCUGUUUACUCGGGAUGACUAUUGUGGGGAGCUUUCUGGGUAUGGUGAUGAUU